AUGAUGUUGCUUUAUCCCUGUUUGCCCCACACACAGUGGUGUGACAAGCUGGAGGCUGGCAAGGCGCAGGGGGAGGGGGAGGGGGAGGCACGGACUGGGAAGGUGCAUCUGCAGGGAAGGCGAAGGGGGGUUCGUCCAUCGAUGCGCUGCUGGCGAAUGAAGUGGCAGCACUCAAGAAACAGGCUCGAUUGCAAUCGUGACCUCAGGCUACCAGGUGCCCCUGUUUUGAGACGUCUCAGGCUACCAGCACAAACACCCAUCACUUCCCUCUCUCGCAAUCCUCUUUUCCCUCCCUCUUCCUCCCCUUGCCCCUCGUCUUGUCCCUCCCCUUGUCCUGAACGCUCUCACCUGGUGACUUUUGAGUCGACUCAAAGUCACCUGACUGAACGCUUCUCACCUGGUCUCACUUCGGGUGUGGAGUCUCGCUGGCUGCAAGGCGCUGCUGUUUGGACUCUUGCUGGCUGCAAGACGCCGCUGUUUGCGAGAAUGCUAAGUGGAAACCCUUAUCGUCUCCUCCUCUCUCUCCCAUCGUCUUUCUCCCUCCCCUUGCCCCUACCGUUUGCCCUCCCCUCGCCCCUCCUGUUCGCCCGCCCCUUGACAUCCCUCAGCCUCGUGGGUGUGGGGCAGUGGGUGUGGGGCAGUGGGUGUGGGGCAGUGGGUGUGGGGCAGGUGGGUGUGGGGCAGUGGGUGUGGGGCAGUGGGUGUGGGGCAGUGGGUGUGAGGCAGUGGGUGUGGGGCAGUGGGUGUGGGGCAGUGGGUGUGGGGCAGUGGGAGUGA